ACCGUCUUCCACUUUUGAGUCUAUUCUCGUCAGAUUCCUUCAAUUACCAUCGUAUCCCAGUUCGCCAAUUGCGUCACUUAUAGACACAAUUGAUUUACCUCUGUGGUCCUGGUACCUUCUUUUUCUCUUUUUCCUUAGUCGCGACCGAACCCCGCCAUAAUGAGCUUCGUUACUCGCAGGGCCCUCUCGACCCUCAUCCCUCCUAAGGUCGCUUCGCCGAACGCCAUCGGCGCUGCUCCCGAUGCUCUUCGCAUGAAGCGCGUUGUUAACUUCUACGAAAAACUUCCCCGAGGACCAGCUCCCGAAGUCAAGCCUACCGGUCUUCUCGGCAGAUACCAGGCCAAGCACUUUGGCAAGAACCCUAGCGGCAAACCUAUCAUCCACGCCAUUGGUCUACUUCUCGCUAUCGGAUACCCCAUGACCUACUACUUCCACUUGCGUCACCACAAGAACAAUGCCCAUUAAACAAGUUCACUACGGAGAUAGUAGUUGGUACUGGGUAGACUUGGACAAGUUGUACAUAAGAUAGAUGGCGUUAAGCAAGAAUAGUUUAGCCAUUGUGUACUAGAGAAAAAAAUAACUGAGCUUUGUCUCAUCAAAGAAUCCUACAAUUUUCUUUUUUUGCUAUAACAAAUUCCUUGUCGUUGGAUUUGUGAAUGACUAGGAAUCCGGGUAGGCAAUCUCAUGACGAAAUAUACAAGUUAUGAUGUUUGGGCUAUGUUUAUCCUGAUUCAUUUUUGGGGGUGUUGCAGAAGAAAUCUUUGCUUCACUGUUCGAUAUCGUAUCAAUCUUAUGACGUGAUAAGUCAACAGGCAUAUUUACAUAAAUAUAGUUGCCUUGGGAGUUAUUUUGAGUAGCUAAGUACCUAACCUUAGUAAAGUGCAGG